AGGCAUAAAAACUUAUUACCUUUGAUUAUGUUUAAAUGAAGACAGCUGACAAGAAGAGUGAGACAACUUCAUAGUUAUGACAUUAAAUUGGGUGGGACCAGAUUUGUUAAUAUUAGUCUCCGUGGGACAAAGUAAAAAAGAGAGGACAGGAUGCGAAGUUUCUUCUCUUAUCCCGUGGCCAUAUUUUGUACCCCAUACAUAUUUCCUGGUUUUGGAAGAUACAAAUAAGCAAACAUUCAAUCAAAUAUUUCAUGGCAUCAUCUCUACCUCAAAUCCUUCCAAAUGUUAUAUCCCCUUAUCCUCUCAUUCAUCUGCAACAACAGAAAAGAAGAACAAAAAGAACGAAAACACUCUGUUGCACCAUUUUCCCCUGCAACAUCUCUCCUUUUUUCCUCUUCUAAGUUAUGGCAGCAGCGGAGUACUCAAACAGGAGGAAUUCCAAUACUCAGCUUCUGGAAGAACUUGAAGCACUCAGCCAAUCUCUAUACCAAACUCACACUACAACCACCAACAGAAGAACAGCUUCCCUUGCACUUCCUCGAACUUCAGUUCCUUCCCUCGCUUCUGUCGAUGAGAUUAGCACUUCCAAACCCGAUGAAAAAUCUACUUCCAGACCCCGUUCCAGGCGCAUGUCCUUGUCUCCAUGGCGUUCUAGGCCAAAACCUGAUGAUAACGAACCAAAAAAUCGAGCCGGGCCAUCUAAUCAACCUGACACUAAGAAACUGGAUGAAACAACAGCAUCAAUGGAGAAAAAAGGAAUUUGGAACUGGAAACCACUCCGUGCUCUUUCUCAUAUUGGGAUGCAGAAACUCAGCUGUUUGUUCUCUGUCGAAGUGGUUGCUGUCCAGGGUCUUCCAGCUUCAAUGAAUGGGCUCCGCCUUUCUAUUUGUAUUAGGAAGAAGGAAACUAAAGACGGUGCAGUUCACACCAUGCCUUCAAGAGUUUCACAGGGAACUGCUGAUUUUGAAGAAACCUUGUUUGUCAAGUGUCAUGUUUACUGCACUCCAGGCGAUGGAAGGCAAUUGAAAUUUGAGCCACGUCCCUUUUGGAUUUAUGUGUUUGCGGUUGAUGCUGAAGAGCUAGAUUUUGGUAGAGGUUUUAUGGAUUUAAGUCACCUGAUAAAAGAGUCUAUGGAGAAGAAUCAGGAAGGUACCCGAAUUCGGCAGUGGGACACUAGUUUCAACCUCUCUGGAAAGGCAAAAGGUGGAGAACUUGUUCUGAAGUUGGGAUUUCAGAUUAUGGAGAAGGAUGGAGGGAUUGAUAUUUACAGCCAAGGUGAUGGAUUCAAGUCAAGUAAAUUAAGAAACUUAACUUCUUCCUUUGGUCGUAAACAGUCUAAAAUGUCAUUCAGUGUCCCCAGUCCAAGAAUGUCGAGUCGAACCGAGGCUUGGACUCCUUCUCAGUCAAAAGCAGCUAUAGAUCUUCAAGGAAUGGAUGACUUGAAUCUUGAUGAGCCAGCCCCAGUUCCUUCGACCCCUCCCCCAGUCCAGAAAUCAGAAGAACCAGAAUCAAAGAUUGAAGAACUUGAACUCCCGGACUUUGAUGUUGUAGAUAAAGGAGUUGAGAUUCAGCAGAAAGAAGAAAGUAGGGAUAGAGAGUCUGAAGAAAAUGUUGAAGCAAAAUCAGCAUCAAGUGAGGUUGUUAAGGAGAUGGUGCAUGAUCAGAUACAUCUUACCAGAUUAACCGAGCUUGAUUCUAUUGCUCAGCAGAUAAAAGCUCUUGAAUCUAUGAUGGUAGAAGAAAAAAUACUCAAAACAGAUGAUGAAACUGAGUCGCAAAGACUAGAUGCUGAUGAAGAGACAGUAACAAAAGAAUUUCUUCAGAUGCUUGAGGAUGAAGAGAUUGACACAUACAGAUUCAAUCAACCUGUGUUUCCCUCUCUGCAACUUGGGGGAGCUGAUGAAUCUGUGGAGGCUGAAUCCAAGGUUUAUGUCUCUGAUCUUGGCAAGGGUUUAGGUUGUGUAGUGCAAACAAGAAACAGAGGCUACUUGGCAGCCAUGAAUCCUCUGAACACUGUUGUUUCUAGGAAAGAAACUCCAAAGUUAGCCAUGCAGAUAUCAAAACCAAUUGUUAUACCACACAAAUCCAUGAGUGGAUUUGAAUUAUUCCAGAAAAUGGCAGCCAUUGGUUUCGAGGAACUCAGCUCUCAAAUCUUAUCAUUGAUGCCUAUGGAAGAAUUGAUAGGAAAAACUGCGGAGCAGAUAGCUUUUGAAGGCAUUGCUUCUGCAAUCGUCCAAGGAAGAAACAAAGAAGGCGCUAGCUCAAGUGCUGCCCGUACCAUUGCUUCAGUAAAAACCAUGGCAACUGCGAUGAAUACAGGCAGAAAAGAGAGGGUUACAACAGGAAUUUGGAAUGUUGAUGAAAAUCAAUUAACAGCAGAUGAAAUUUUGGCAUUUUCACUGCAGAAUAUUGAGGCAAUGUCAGUUGAGGCUUUGAAAAUUCAGGCGGAUAUGGCAGAAGAAGAUGCACCAUUUGAUGUUUCUCCACUCACUGAAAAGACAAGAACAAGCAGUGAGAAAGAACAAAAUCAGCCUCUGGCUUCAGCCAUUCCUCUAGAGGACUGGAUAAAAAAUUACAGCUCAUCAAGCUCCAAUAGUGAAUCAGGGGAACCAGCAACAAUCACAGUAGCGGUGGUUGUCCAGCUAAGGGAUCCCUUGAGGCGAUAUGAGGCAGUUGGAGGCCUAGUUGUAGCACUUAUUCAUGCAACAGGUGUUGACAUCCAAGAACACAAGUAUGAUGAGGAAAAGAAAUUCAAAGUGACAAGUUUACAUGUCGGAGGUUUGAAGCUAAGGAUAGGAGGAAAAAGGAAUCUGUGGGACACAGAGAGGCACAGGCUGACUGCAAUGCAAUGGCUGGUGGCAUAUGGACUGGGAAAGGGAGGGAAAAGGGGUAAAAAUGUGUUGGCAAAGGGGCAAGAUCUGUUAUGGAGCAUUUCCUCAAGAAUUAUGGCUGACAUGUGGCUCAAACCAAUGAGAAAUCCAGAUGUAAAGUUUACAAAGUAGACAGAGUUCUCGAGUAACUUAUGCACAAUACUCCUGCGGACAGCAACAAAGUUAAAAAGACUGGAGCUAGAGCAUACGGCACUAGUAAGGAAGCUUUUUGUUGGAUGCAAAUAAUCAGCUAACCAUUUUGUUAAGAUUCUAAAAUGAACAAGUUAUCCAUAUAUGAGAUUUCUUGCAGUUGUAUGUUAAAUCUGUUCAUAAUGGAAAAUAAAGUUUUUUGAUUCCAAUA